AUGGGGUCAGUAAAUUCCAUAUGGGAAACUAAGGAUGCUCGUAGCGUUGCUAUCAAUGAAUGUGCAUCAAAUCCUUGUGGCUCCCAUGGACACUGCACAGAUGGUGUGAACAGGUUCACCUGUUCAUGUGUUGGUGGAUAUACCGGAUUGAGAUGUCAAACAGCACCGCAGUGUCCUUAUAAUUGGAAACUAUACAAUGGUCAUUGCUACUUGUUUGCAACACAGAAGUUAACAUGGCACGACGCUAAGAAUGCAUGUUCACGGGCAAGUAGUUAUUUAGCUGUAGUUGAUAACAGAUAUGAAGAUAUGUGGAUCCAGAGUAAUUUAAUAGACGGUGCAUGGAUCGAUGCAACUGACUAUUGGCAUGAAGGACGAUGGAUAAGUUCUAAUUAUGGUAAAAAUUUACCCUACACUCGCUGGAGAGGUGGUGAACCUAACAAUUCUGGUGGUAACGAAGACUGUGCAUACAUGAGAGCUGACGGAUGGAACGAUUGUCCUUGCAACGAACACGCAAUACCACAAUAUGUCUGUGAAAAAAUACUCUAAAUAGUUUGCCCUUUGAAGUUAACAAUGGCAUAAAAUAUUUAAUCUACUUUUUUAUUAUGUGAAUAAAUAU